AUCACUAUUUGCAUCUCUUUGCCUCAAUUUUCAAAUAAUCAAAUGGCACUUCGUAAGGGCUUUGGCUUUUGCACCUUUUAUUUCAUUUUUGCGUUUCUCUCAUCGUUCAGCAUUUGUGCGCGCUCCGAACAGAAACACUCCAACUUCUCUGCUGACGCGGCCUCACAGUGGGGCCCCGCCAGCGCCACGUGGUACGGCGACCCCCACGGUGCCGGCCCCGCUGACAAUGGUGGUGCAUGCGGGUUCAAGAAUGUGAAUCUGCCUCCUUUCUCAUCCAUGACAUCGUGUGGGAACCCAGCCCUCUUUAAAUCGGGAAAAGGAUGUGGCGCUUGCUAUCAGGUGAAAUGCACGAGCCACCCGGCGUGCUCCGGCAACCCGUCGACCCUCGUGAUCACCGACGCGUGCCUCGGCGGAGUCUGCCUCGACGCGCCAUUCCAUUUCGACAUGAGCGGAACGACUUUCGGGUCCAUGGCAAAACCCGGCCUCGACGACGAGCUUCGCCACGCCGGAAAAAUCCCAAUACAAUUCACCAGAGUACCCUGCAACUACCCGGGCUUGAACAUUGCCUUCCACGUCGAGAAUGGCUCGAAUCCGUUUUACUUUGCGAUCCUGAUCGAGUACGAGAACGGGGACGGAGAUCUCACGGCGGUCGAUCUUAUGGAGGGCGGCAGCCACGGGCAAGGCGUAUGGACUCCGAUGCGCGAGUCAUGGGGCGCGAUAUGGAGAUUGGACUCGAACCACCCGUUGCAGGGCCCGUUCUCGGUCCGGCUCACCACUCUCACUUCCGGGAAGACCCUCGUCGCCGCCGAUGUGAUUCCGGCCAAUUGGAAGCCCCUAACCACCUACAGAUCAGUUGUGAACUUUAGUAACUAGUAAUUAUACACAAAGAAUUAAUGCUAGAAGUGUUGUUUGUGAGGGCUAUGCAUUGGUUGGGGUUCGUGUAGCCACCCUUACCAUUUGCUUGUUAUAGUGUUGAGAGCACAAAUAAUAAAAAUAAGACAUGCUUGAAGAUUUAUCGAUCUGAGCCAUUAAUCCAU